AUGGCGGUGAAGCUAGACACUAGUAAAGCUUAUGACUGGGUGGAGUGGAACUUUCUUCGUCAAAUGAUGAUUAGGUUGGGAUUUGAUGAAAGGUGGGUCGAACUGGCCAUGGAAAUAGUGAGAAGAGCCACGUACUCAAUUUUGAUUAAUGGGGAGCUGAAGGGUUUUGUCCAACCAUCAAGAGAUGACUGCUUGUUAUUCUGUGAAGCAUCAAUGGAGGAGGGUCAUCAACUCCUAGACAUAUUGAGUAGAUAUAAGGCUGCCUCAGGUCAAGCAAUUAAUAGACAGAAGACAUCUCUAUUUUUUAGUAGAAAUACUAAACCGGAGGUGAAAGAUGCUAUAAAGAAUAUGUUGGGUAUAAGGAUUAUGAAUAACUAUGAGAAGUAUCUUAGGCUACCAAUGGUGGGGGGACAAUCAAAGGUAGCUACUUUUAAAGAGUUGCAGGAACGAAUAACCAAAAGGGUUAUGGGUUAG